UACACUACAGAGUUGCAGCGCUGGUGAGGGGGUUACAGCGCUGCAACUUAGGAUGUGGCCACACUUGCACAGCACGGCCAGCGCUGCAACUCCCUGGUUGCAGCGCUGGCUGUACACCCGGUCGAGCCUCGGGUGUAGGGGAUCCAGCGCUGGUGAUCCAGCGCUGGUCAGCAAGUGUGGACACCCACCAGCGUUUUUAUUGACCUCCGUGGCAUAAGUAGGUAUUCCAGCAUACCUUAGAAGCCUCUCUGGUAAUCAUGCAAACUCCACUGCCCUGGGCUCACCUGACCCCUCCUUUAAAUGCCCCGGGAAUUUUAAAAAUCCCCUUCCUGUUUGCUCAGCCAGGUGUGGCGUGCAAUCAAUCAAUCAAUCAGCAACCAUGCCUCCACGCACCAAACGAGCCCCAGCAUGGAGCAAUGCAGAGCUGCAGGACCUCAUAAGUGUUUGGGGAGAGGAGGCUGUGCAAGCACAGCUGCGCUCCAGAAGGAGAAAUUAUGAUACCUAUGGGCAGAUAUCGCAGUCCUUGAUGAGAAGGGGCCAUGAACGGGACACGUUGCAGUGCAGGGUCAAAAUAAAAGAGCUGAGGAAUGCUUACUGCAAAGCCCAUGAGGGAAAUCGCCGCUCAGGAGCUGCCCCCACGACCUGCCGUUUUUACCAGGAGCUGGAUGCCAUACUUGGGUGUGACCCCACUGCCAAUCCGAGGACCACGAUGGAGAGUUCACAGCAGGGAGAAGUGGGGGAGGGUGUAGAGGAAGGCGACAGUGAGGCUACUGGCGUGGAGGGAGACACCCCGGAGUCCCAGGAGGCAUGCAGCCAGGAGCUCUUCUCAAGCCAGGAGGAGGCUAGCCAGUCGCAGCAACUGGAAGUUGAUGGUGAGGAAGAAGCUGAGGAGCGUGCUCGGGUGACCUUGACUAAUGCAGCCGGAUCACCGGCCUCACGUAGAUUGCAGAACUUGAGAAGAAAUCCCAGAAAAUCAAAAGAGGAAUUGAUCGAAUCAGUUAUGAUACACUACAACAGAGAAAUAUCUACACUUAUUAUUGAAGCAGCUGACAAGGGACCUACUGCAAAAUCCACUUUUAUUGAAGCUGAAAAGUUCUUCUAUAUCCUUAUACCUGCCAAUUUCCCUGUGUGUGAAGGAUAUGGCAGAGUAUAG